AUGAAUCAAAGACUUCAACAGGCUGCUGAAUCAGGUAGCAUCAAUGACCUUUAUGCUUUGAUCGAUGAGAAUCCGUGCAUACUGGAGAACAUCGAUGCCAUGCCAUUUGUAAACACUCCACUUCACAUAGCUGCAUCUUGUGGGGAAAUAGCGUUCGCCGUAGAGAUGCUGAAUCUCAAGCCUUCUUUUGCGAAAAAACUCAAUACAAACGGGUGCAGUCCGUUGCACCUUGCUGUGGAGAAGGAUCAACAAGAGCUCGUCACCUGGCUGCUCAGGAUUGAUCCCAGCCUUGCUGGCGUUAAAGGCAGAGAAGGCAUCACGCUGUUCCAUCUCCUAGUGUUAAGAGCGAACGUCGAUCUUGUGGUAGAGUGCCUCAUAACAUCUCCUGAAUGUAUUAAAGAUGUGAGCGUGAAUGGCCAAAAUGCUCUGCAUCUUGCUGUGGUGAAUGAAAGAUUUGAAGUUCUGCAGGUCCUCACCGGAUGGAUCCAGAGAAUGAGUCAGAAAAAUGCUCGCUCUAUCGAGUAUUCAGUUCUGAAUAAGAAGGAUUUAACCGGCAACACGCCUCUGCACCGUGCAGCAUAUUAG